AUGUCUGUUUCCGCUUCCAAAGCUAAAAGAGAACAAAAGCGUGCUGAGAGAGAGGCCAAGAAGGCCGAGAGUGGCAAGACAACAAAGAAGACCAAGAAACAAGCUGCCAAAGACGCCGAAGAAAAGGAAGAAGACGAUGAAGCAGCUCAGAUUGCCAGACUUAAAUUGCAAGCUGAUGACGAUGGUAUUUCCGACAGAGUGGUCACUGGUGUGUUGGAGUCAUUGCCCGCUUCCAGAGAUGUCAAGUUGUCGUCUGUCAGUUUGUUGUUCCAUGGUAAAGUGUUGAUCCAGGACUCCACAUUGGAGUUGAACUAUGGUCGUAGAUACGGUUUAUUGGGAGAAAAUGGAUGUGGUAAAUCUACAUUGUUGAAAUCCAUUGCUGCCAGAGAGUUCCCCAUUCCAGAACACAUCGAUAUUUACUUGUUGAACGAGCCUGCCGAGGCUACUGAAUGGUCUGCUCUUGAGUACGUUGUCAGAGAAGCCGAACACGAGUUGAAAAGAUUGGAGGAUUUGGUUGAGGAUAUUAUUGUAAAGGAGGGACCAGAGGACCCCACAUUGGAUGGUAUCUAUGAAAAAAUCGACACAAUGGACCCAUCAACUUUUGAGUCGAGAGCCGCCAUUAUCUUGACCGGUUUGGGUUUCAACUCGGUGACCAUUAAAAAGAAGACUAAAGACAUGUCUGGUGGAUGGAGAAUGCGUGUGGCUUUGGCCAAGGCUCUUUUCGUCAAGCCUACCUUGUUGUUGUUGGACGACCCUACUGCUCACUUGGAUUUGGCUGCGUGUGUGUGGUUGGAAGAAUACUUGAAGAGAUGGGAAAGAACAUUGAUUUUGGUUUCUCACUCGCAAGAUUUCUUGAACGGAGUGUGUACCAACAUGAUCGACAUGAGAUUGAAGGGUAUCCAAUUGUACGGUGGUAACUACGAUUCUUACGUCAAGACCAGAGCUGAAUUGGAAACUAAUCAAAUGAAACAAUACGCCAAACAACAAGAAGAAAUUCAACACAUCAAGAAGUUCAUUGCUUCCGCUGGUACUUACGCCAACUUGGUCAAGCAAGCUAAAUCCAAGCAAAAGAUUUUGGAUAAAAUGGAAGCCGAUGGUUUGAUUCAACCAGUGGUUCCUGACAAGGUUUUCACCUUCAGAUUCCCAGAGGUCGAGAAGUUGCCUCCUCCAGUUUUGGCAUUCGACAACAUGUCGUUCUCUUACUCCGGCAAUCCAGAAGACAACUUGUAUGAAAACUUGGACAUUGGUAUCGAUAUGGAUUCUAGAGUUGCCUUGGUUGGUCCCAAUGGUGUGGGUAAGUCAACCUUGUUGAAACUUUUCCAAGGUAAAUUACAACCUCAAGCCGGUAGAGUUAUCCAGCACACUCACAUCAAAUUGGGAGUCUACUCUCAACAUUCGGCUGAUCAGUUAGAUUUGACCAAAACUCCAUUGGAAUUUGUCCGUGACAAGUUCUCCCAUAUCUCUCAAGAUUACCAAUACUGGAGAUCUCAAUUGGGCCGUUACGGUUUGACUGGUGAAGGACAGACCUCCCAGAUGGCCACAUUAUCUGAAGGUCAAAGAUCUCGUGUUGUCUUUGCAUUGUUGGCAUUGGAAUCUCCCAACUUGAUUUUGUUGGAUGAGCCUACUAACGGUUUGGAUUUGACUACGAUCGAUUCCUUAGCAGAGGCCAUUAACUCAUUUAAUGGAGGUGUGGUUGUUGUGUCGCAUGAUUUCAGAUUGUUGGAUAAAGUCGCUAAGGAUAUUUUCGUGAUCGAAAACAAGACUGCAACAAGAUGGGAAGGAGGCAUUCUUGACUACAAGAAGAAAUUGGCAUCCAAUGUUGUGCUUUGA